ACACAUUUUAUUAGUUGUUACAUAGGAGUAUCUUUCUUUCAUUCUACGUAUUACCCUUAAGAAAAAAUACAUUUAUUUCAUCAAAUCUGUAAUUAUUGUCAGUAAAGAGUUUAAGUUUCUUAAUUGUUUGAUAAGAUCAAAGAAAAUGUUGGCAAUAUUCAACAAGAACUUGGUGGAUCCACCCAAGGAGCUUAACAGCCCGGUUUCACAUUCAACCGGGUCGGGUAACAAGCCAAAGUAUCCUCAAGAUAUUGUUAAGACCUUCCAACAAUCUUAUUCUCAUAAUGUCCCUCUUUCUAUUGGCUUUGGUAAUUCUGCUUUUCUUGCUCAUUCCUCUCGUAAGGGACCUCAAAUACAUGAUCAAAGAUUGUUUAUGGGGGUGGACAACAUGUACUGCUUAUUCUUGGGAAGUUUGCAUAAUUUGAACACCUUAAACAAACAAUAUGGUCUAGGAAGAACUACCAAUGAAGCCAUGUUCACAAUUGAAGCUUAUCGAACCCUCCGAGACCGGGGUCCAUACCCUGCUGAUCAAGUUCUUAAGGGUUUUGAAGGCUGCUUCGGGUUUGUCAUCUUUGAUCAAAAAGCUGGCACUGUAUUUGUUGCUCUGGGAACUGAUCAGAGAGUGCAAUUAUUUUGGGGGAUUGCUGCUGAUGGAUCUGUGGUUAUCUCUGAUAAUUUGGUUGUAAUUAAAGAAAGUUGUGCUAAAUCUUUUGCACCAUUUCCUUCCGGAUGUAUGUUCCAUAGUGAAGUAGGUUUAAUGAGCUUUGAGCAUCCAAAGAAUAAAAUGAAGGCAAUGCCAAGAAUAGAUAGUGAAGGAGCAAUGUGUGGCUCUAAUUUUAAGGUGGAUAUCAACUCAAAGAAGACUACUAUGCCUCGAGUUGGAAGUGAAGCUAAUUGGGCUCUUUGUGGCUCCCAAACUUAAUUAAUUAUUAAACAUAAUGUAUUUAUAUAUUAAUAUUGCUAUCAUGAGGGUAUAAUUGUCAUUUUCUAUUUGUUUUCAUAUUCUAAUCAUAGUUUUCAUAAUUUAAAUACACUAAAUAUAAGUUCUUAUUAUGUUAAAUAGAAAAUGAAAAUUGAGUGUGAGUUAAUGUUAUAUACUUACUAUUUUGUCUUCAA